AAACUUGAUGAAAAAUGGCAAGUUCUGUGCAACAGGAUGGAGUGGCUCAUCCUGUACUAGAAGACCUGAAGGAGGCCAUCAGCCAACUCAGUAGCAUGCAAGUCUCCUCAUCCCAGCAGCAGUACAGGCUGAUCAAGAUUUACAGAAAGACUAUUUGCCGAAUCACCUCUGAUUUUCUCUCCAAUCUUGAUGAAGUAUGCAAUGAACUAGCUGGUGAUUCAUCAGGCAGCUCAAGUCAGCAUUGUGAAGUGGCGUUGAACUUCAUUCAGUACUGCGUGAAUGAGAAGCCCCUGAUCUUUGUCGGCUCUGACCCUCCACAAGACUCUCAAGCCACCCACAGCUCUGGCAGCAAGGAGUCCACUAGGAGUGGGCACUCUGACUUCUAUGUAGCUGAAACUUUGAACAGGUGGCUCCUAUGUCAUCUUCUUCAGUUGCUGGGUGAGCAUGCCUGUCAUACCAUCCAUCAGCAGACAUCACAGAUCAUCAUCUCAUUGCUUCAUCUUAUCAAGUUCAAGGAAAUCAACAGCUUCUAUCGCUUCUUCAAUGAUCUAGCAAGGCUUCUAGCAGAAUUAAUGCAAAUCAACCAUGAGAAGUUUACUAAUGAAGACGAUGACUGCCCUGAUCCACCCCUUCAAGUCCAACACUUUGCAGUGGAUGUCAGGAGCUCAGAUAAUCCAGAGGAGCAUCCUGAGUUUAAGACCAUCGCUUCUCAUCCCAGGCGCAUAGAGAUUGGUCAUGUCAGCAAUUGCUACCUCCUCCAAGUAGCUAUCUGUGACAUUAUGUGUGAGAUGGCUACUGAUGUGGAACCAUUCCUAUCAAACAACAUGCUCCUACUCUGGACUACAUUAGCAUGGCAACUUGAAACAGGACAGCUAGAAAUCAAACAGGCCUCCUUGAAAACCUUGGCAAUGUUGAUCCACCAUGUAGCUUCACCACCUCUACAGUCUAUAGACCAUAUAGUGGACCUCAUGUUCACCACUCUAACCUGUUUGCAAUCAGGGCAUGAUCUGUUCAGAGAUUACAAAGAUGUAGAUCAGCUAGAAGAGAAUCUGUCAGCUUGUAUCCAGGAGCUCUUUGCAGAGAGUGGAGGAAAACCCAGAUACUCACUACCACCCUCAGUCAUAGAGAUCAUCAUGGAAACACUGUCUGAAAACAUUCCCAAAUAUGGACUACAUAGUAUCAAAUCAGAAUCACUGAAAUCAUCUCUCUGUCACCUGGUAGUCUACAUCCAACGUCACAUUCCUUCUGGGUACGAGUCUCUGGAAUCUGUGAGAGAGACUAGAAUGAAGACUAUCAAUCAAGCCUUCAUCCAGCAGCUACACAUGCUACAGUCUGGACAGUGUGUGGUUCUACCCCUGGAGCUGGCCAUCCGUUCAGAACUGCAGGCAUCACUGCCAAAGGGUUCUCCCACCCAGCAGCCAGAUUCUGCUGAGCACAACAUUAGAAGUAACCAUGGUGGUACCACUGAAGACAUUGUGAUUGACCUUACUGAUACCAGCAGUGGGGAAGAAGUACCAGAGCUGGUGAAAAGGAAUAAGCUUUCCAGGAGAAAGUCUUCCAUUGGACAUACAACCAUUAGAGAUCCUAACGAUGAUGCUGUUGAAGGUGAUACAUGUAGUCCUAUGUUUGAGAAGUCUCACACCCUUCAAGAUGUUCUGUACAAAUUGGAUUCACUCUGUCAGAUACAAACCACUGAUAACAAGAGCUUGUACCAUGUCCUGGAGGCUACUAGAAGCCUCAUGGAAGUCAUUACGAGAAGCUGCUGCAGAUUUGGUGAAGACUUUAGAAACCUCUCCAACAACGACAGCAGCACUACCAGCCCCAAGACCCACUCUUUGAAGAAAGCACCGAGAGGAGAACGAAGGAGUGAUGGAGAAAGAGGAGGAGGAAUAGGAGAUGGAGUCUCUUCCAGGAAUACCUUGUCGAUGUGGAUUGGUUCGGAGCAGUUGGAGAAGAUGUGUGAUCUGUGGUUGAGGACAUUGCAGCUUCUGGCUGGGGCGGGGCAGUCUGGUGGUGCUGGUGGGAAGAAGAUGGGAGGAGAUGGUGAUGGGAAGGAUGAGGGUGAUGCAGUCAAUCGUCUAGUCCAGUCUUCCUAUCAGUGUAUCUGUUGCAGUAUUGCUGCUGUGCUUUCUCUGGCUGGUGACGUGAAACUACCACAAGAUUUCCUUCACUCUGUCACAUGGAUUCUGUGUUUACCUUGGUUGCCUAUGGAAGCCAACUGGCUGGAUCUCAAGAUGUUUGGCAGGUCUACCAUGAAGGAAGUAGGAGGUCUCAGCAGUAGACUGGCAGAAAAGCUAGAUGAGUCCUCAAUGCAGCAGUGCCUUCACCUUAUUGCUAUGCUGUCAAAGGAUGUUGCACCAAAAUGGAGGAUUCACAUCUUCAAGGAUGCUUUGACCAGUAGUAAGGAAAGUAUCCAGAUAGCAGCUAUUCAAGCACUUCCGCUACUUCUCUUCAACUUGACACCAAGCUACUAUACACUCAUUCAAGAACACAUGCACCCCCUAUGCAGAUCUGAAUCUGAGACUGUUACUAGCUGUUUGGCUGAGGUAAUGGGAGAGCUAUGUUGUGUACUAGCUACUGGAUGUACACUCCACAGAGAGCUAGACAGGGAGCAAACACCACUACACCGAGCGGUGCAACUCAGGUGUACCACCUGUACCCCAGGUCACAGCACAGAGGGAACCACAGCAGACAAGAUGCACCAUUCAGUGGAACUCACCAUUCUAGAUGCUUCAAUCAUCUCUCCAUUCGUGGUGCUGUUACAGAAAGGAGUCAAAACCAAACUAGGUAUGAUACACAGUCUGAGGCAGGUGUUAUCACAUUUGGAUCUGAAGUUCACCAAUUCUGCUGUGACUGGGGUACUCAAUGCCUAUUUAACCCUUGCCGUUGAUGAUGAUCAUCUAGUCAGACAAGUUUUCAGUCGUAACAUCAAGUAUCUGGUUGGUAACGGUGACCAGUGUAGUGACCUGAACAUCCAAGCAGUGGUCACUCAGCUCAAGUCAGCCUUCAUGUCCGGCAAGUCUUCAGGGAAUGGACGUCUGCAGGAGACGGUGGUCAGCUCCAUUGGAGAGCUGGGCAAGGUUGCAGAAGGAGAGUUACUAAUGGUAGCUAUCAUCAGUCUGUUGGAAAGCUUGCUGUCUACGGUCACGAUGGUUAACUCCAUUGCUUAUAUCGAGCUCCACGCCAUAGCUGAAGCCAAGGGUCAGACCAUGGCGGCCAUCUUGUCUCAGUUCAAGCAGCCUGUGUGUAAGUUCCUUGUAGAGGCCAUGCACGAUGCGGUCCAGUCCUGGUCCCAGAACCAGUCCGAGACCCAGGACCAGGACAAGGACCCUUGUCUGGAUACCAUCACCAAGGUUGCAAAUGCAUUUGGAUUCAAGAACUUGGAGACAUUCUAUGAGCGUACGUUGGAGUUCUUGUUACCUCACAUUGUCAGUAAAGCCAGUGCUGAGGCUAGUGUACUACUCAAAGCCCUCGCAAGAACAUUGAAAAUAAGUCACAGAGAGAUGUUGGUUGAGAACUUUAAGUUCAUCUUCUCUUACUUGGUGAGAACCCAAGGCAAGACUGAACUUGAGAAAGCUUUGCACUACAUUCAGAGUGAGACUGAGAUUGAACUAGGAAGGCUUCUCAGGAUGGAUUAUCAGAGUCUUCAUAAUGAACUUCUCUUGCAUCUCAGUCAUAACUACUCACAGGUGUUCAGUGGCCUUGCAAUGCUAGCGUCCCGUGAUGAUACGUACAAGGGACCUCGUCCAAUCACACACCCAGCAGACAUGGCUGACUUCCUGCAGCCGAGACUCCUGGGAAUCUUAGCAUUCUUUGACUCUCAGCUCCUCAACAGUAGGAUACCCAUUCAAGACAAAAAACUGGCAUUAGAGAGCUUGGUAUGCAUCAUGAAGCUGAUGGGACCUAGGCACAUCACAGGGGUAAGAGUCAAGGUGAUGACUACACUGAAGAUUGGUCUCCGCUACAAGGAACAUGGAUUCCCCGCACUCUCCUGCAAGGCAUGGGAUUGCUUCGUGCACAGUGUUGAUGCCUCCUCCCUGGGUCCGAUGUUAAGUCAGGUCAUCGUGACCCUCCUACCACUCCUCAAUCAGCUACCUCAACAAGUCAGUACUAUCAUACACACUCUCAUCAUUGAUAAUAGAGAUGCAUUCAGUGACCGCUUCAAUGAGAUCUACUUCCUCCCGGACAUUCCCGAGCUGCAAGAGGUCAACGCACUAUUGAAGGAGCACAGGGAGGACCCAUCCAGCCAACCUGACCUUCGAACCCUGCUGAAGAGGUCACUUAAAGGGGUCAGUCAUGAGAGUGUGGAUGUCAGAAUCCAUGCUCUCUCCAAUCUGAGGGAUCUGCUUCAAGCAAACCAGAGUUGUCUUCAUGAGUAUGUAAUGGGCAGUGAGACAGUGGCACCAGUCAUAAAUGAGCUUGUUUCAGUGCUCCUAUCUGGAUGUCAUGACUCUGAUCACAAAGCCAAGAACCUGUUUGGUGUAUGCCUGGGUGUGCUGGGAGCGAUUGACCCUGGUAGACUAGAUCUGAGCACCACAUCUAAGAAAGCUGAAAUGUCCAAGUUUCAUGCUAGUGUUGAGGACAUGCACUUUGCCUUUGACCUGAUCAACGACCUUGUCAGAGCAUUUCUAGCUGCAGCUGAUCCCAGGUCGCAGGACUGUUCUGCAUAUGCCAUUCAGGAAAUGCUCCAGAUAUUUGAGUGCAGAGGUGUCAGCAAAGAUGGACCUGGCCGGCAACUCUGGCAACGAUUCCCUGAACACAUCCAGGAGAUUUUAUCCCCUCUCCAAAACACCAAGUACAUUCCAUCUGCAGCUUCAGCUAUCAGCAAAGUGACUGUCCAUCCUAUCUACCGCAGUAAGAAGGCUAAGACCUUCAAAGACUGGGUCUGUACCUGGACAAGUUACUUAGUCACAAAGGUUAAAGCCAGCAAACCUGGUCGUAUCUUCCGAGCAUGCAGCAUGAUCAUCAAGCAUGACAUCCAUACAGCUAUGUUCCUACUUCCCUACACACUACUCUAUGCACUUCUCGACUCAAAUGAUGAUGACAAGCAAGAGAUCCAGAAUGAGAUUUUAGCUGUACUGACCCAUGCUGAGAAAGUAGAAGACCAGCGAUCCAGUGAAGAUCGCCCCAUGAGCGCUCAGACGGUCUUCUCUGUUCUGGAUCACCUGACCAACUGGAAGAGACAACGCAUGCAGAUCCUACAGGCUGCAAAGAGUAGGCGUGGGGCAAGCAACUCAAAUGAAAUAGCCUCUGUAGAGAGAUACCUUGAGUGUGUGAAGGUAUUCCUUCAAGAGAUUCCACAAGACAUCCUAGCGAGAGCGUCCUUUAACUGCCGAGCUUACGCCAGAUCUCUCAUGCACUUUGAGUCGUACAUAACUUCAAACAAUCAAGAUGUGCAGAACCAUCUGGGUUUCCUGCAGAAACUGUACAUAGCCAUGGAUGAGCCUGAUGGUGUAUUAGGAGUGUCUGCUAUCAGACUACAAGAACCUAGCUUCAGGGAACAGAUCCAUGAUCAUGAAAGCACAGGUAACCUCCAGGAUGCAGUGGCUUGCUAUGAGAGAGCCACUCAGCUAGAGACAGGAGAGAUGGGUCAUCAUAAAGGACUGGUCAGAUGUCUGCUGGACCUUGGUCAGCUCAACACAGGAUUGGUUCAUGUUAAUGGGGUACUCUCUCAAAGGUCAGACUGGUCAAGCCAACUGAAUUCCUAUCGAGUGGAAGCAUGCUGGAAGCUGGCUAAAUGGGACGAUCUAGAAUCCAACCUCAAACAUGAAGGACAUAACAGUGAUUGGAACAUCCUCCUUGGCAAGACGUUGCUUGCUGUAAGAGAAGGGAACCAGGAUGAGUUUCAAACUCAGUUGCAGUUAGCCAGAAGUGCUCAGAUGGGACCACUCUCAGCUGCAAGCAUGGAGAAAGGCUCUUAUCAAAGAGCCUAUGAAUACAUAGCAAGACUGCACAUGCUCUGUGACCUGGAUCUAGGGGUCACCAACCUCCUAGGUUUCUCUGCUGGGGGUGACAGUAAGAACCAAUCACAAGCCGAGUUGAUGGAGUGGUGGGAUGCCAGGCAAACCAUGGCUCAAUCUUCAUUUAGAACACAAGAACCAAUGCUGUGUCUACGAAGGAGUAUUCUGGGUCUCAACAACAAUCCUAUCAACUCUGAGGGAACAGGGCUCAACAAGGACAUUGGUUACUGCUGGCUGAAGAGUGCUAAAGUUGCAAGAAAGGCUGGCCAUCUUCAGGGUGCCUAUAGCUCUCUACUCAAUGCUGGUCUCUACUCCUUACCAGAUCUCUGCAUCGAGAAAGCAAAAUGGCUCUGGGGGAAGGGCGAUUGUCAUCAAGCAUUGAUUGACUUGCAGAAGGGCGUGGCCAAACACUUCUCCAAGGGCAACCGUCUACAGAAUGACAAGUCUGCUGAGGCAAAAGCACAGAGACUAGCCCAUGCAAAGGCCUUGCUGCUUGUAGGACGUUUCAUGGAGGACACAGCCAAGUUUGAGAGUAACUCUGUGAUGAAGCAAUACAUGUCGGUCACUGAGGUCAACUCAGAAUGGGAGGAUGGUCACUUCUAUCUGGCCAAGUACUAUGACCGGCUCAUGCUCAGCUUUGCUGAUAGACCAGAGAAGGCUGGAGAGUUUGUAGUACACGUCGUGAAGAACUUUGGUCAAUCUCUGAUGUAUGGUAACCAGUACAUCUACCAGUCUAUGCCACGCCUUCUCACUCUCUGGUUAGACUACGGUGCUCACGUCUCGGACCUAGAGAAAGGCAACAAGGUCAACAAGGCUGCACAGGUCAUGGCUAAGCUACAUAAGAUCAUCGCUGAGUUCACAGAUAAGCUAGCCCCAUACCAGUUUCUGACAUCCUUCUCUCAACUCAUCUCCAGGAUCUGUCACUCACACAAAGAAGUUUCCCUUCAGCUACAGGAGAUCAUCGCUAGGGUACUUGUGGCAUUCCCACAGCAAGCUGUGUGGAUGUCAAUGGCUGUCUCUAAGAGUUCAUAUCAAAUGAGGCAAAGGCGAUGUGCUGAAAUCUUCAGUCGGGCAAAGGCGCUGGAUAAGAAGCUGCAAAAGUUCAUCCAUGAUGCUAUUAAGCUGACCGAUAGACUACUAGAUCUGUGUAACAGACAGGUGGAUUCAGGCUGUCAAAGACUCAGUAUCAACAGUGAUUUCAGAUCACUCAAGAGACUCCUUGCUGAUAGCAACUUCAGCAAGAUCAUUGUCCCUCUGCAGUCGGCUAUGACUGUCACCCUACCCAGCAGUCAGUCAGUUCAUCAUACCCAUGACCCCUUCCCACUGACUGAGGUCUAUAUCAUUGGCUUUGAUGAUACAGUUGAAGUGCUGCCAUCUCUACAGAGACCCAAGAAGAUUGGUAUCCAGGGCAGUGACGGUAGACUCUAUGUCAUGAUGUGUAAACCCAAGGACGAUCUGAGGAAAGACAACCGUCUGAUGGAGUUCAAUGGUAUCAUCAACAAGUGCCUCAGGAAGAAUGUGGAGUCGAGGAGGAGAGAGCUCUAUAUCAGAACAUACACUGUGAUCCCACUGAACGAGGAAUGCGGUUUGAUUGAAUGGGUCUCAAACACUGCUGGACUCAGACCAAUACUACACAAAAUAUACAGGGAGAAAGGCUUGUAUACAUCUGGCAGUGAACUCAAAGCUAUGAUCCCAAGUCUCUCAGCUCCUAUUGAUGAGAAGCUGAACAUCUUUGAGAACAAACUGAUGCCUCGCUAUCCACCAGUCUUUGGAGAAUGGUUCCAGAAGACAUUUACAGAUCCUACAUCAUGGUAUCUGAGUCGCCUUGCCUAUGCUCGUACCAUGGCUGUGAUGUCCAUGGUUGGUUACAUCCUUGGUCUUGGUGAUCGUCAUGGAGAGAACAUCCUCUUUGAUUCUACCAACGGAGACUGCGUUCAUGUCGACUUCAACUGUCUCUUCAACAAGGGUGAGACGUUCGACUGGCCUGAAAGGGUACCAUUCCGUCUAACUCACAACAUGGUGUGUGCUAUGGGACCGAUGGGGUAUGAAGGGGUGUUCAGACGCGCCUGUGAAGGUACCAUGAAAGUCAUGAGGGACCAGAGAGACCCCCUCAUGAGUGUCCUGAAGACAUUCAUCUAUGAUCCUUUGGUGGAGUGGAGCAAACCGUCCAGGGGAAGAAGCAAUGCUCUCAGUGAAUCGGGAGAAAUCAACAAUGAAAAGGCGUUGGUCCAUGUACGUGACAUAGAGCAGAGACUGCAGGGCAUCUUGAAGAUCAAGAACAAAUCACGGACUCUACCCCUGUCCAUCGAGGGCCACGUUGAUCACUUAAUCAGAGAAGCUACGGACAAGAAGAACCUGUGUUUGAUGUACAUCGGAUGGGCUGCUUACAUGUAAAGACACCUACCCUACGUCUGUCACUCCACAUAGAUCAGUUGAUCUGGGAUUGGAUGGGCUGCGUACAUGUAAAGACACCUACCCUACGUCUGUCACUCCACAUAGAUCAGUUGAUCUAGGAUCGGAUGGGCUGCGUACAUGUAAAGACUCCUACCCUACGUCUGUCACUCCACAUAGAUCAGUUGAUCUAGGAUCCUACAAGAUCACUUGAUCAGAGAAGCUACGGACAAGAAGAACCUGUGUCUGAUGUACAUCGGAUGGGCUGCUUACAUGUAAAGACACCUACCCUACCUCUGUCACUCCACGUAGAUCAGGGGGGCGUUUCUCAAAACUUGUCAUCAGUGACAAAUGACUGUUUUUGUUAUAAGCUACUGAAAUCCUUGCUUCUAAUUGGUUAACAACAGAUUUGUCACUGAUUUUUGUCAUUUGUAAUUGAAAAAAGGCUUUGUGAAACAGGUCCCAGUUGAUCUAGGAUUCUACAGGAUAUUAAGAUGUGUGAAAAAAACCACGGGAUGGCCUGCUUACAUGCAAGGGCAAGGAUGCCACCACUGGCUCAUUAUGUGUCUUAUAUCAGCUUUUCUGAAAUUUUGCCGACAGAAUGGGCAGGGUCGACUGCAAACUUGUAAAAGACUUGCAGUCAACCACUGUACUUGAAGGUAUUGUUCAUCACCUAAUCAGAGAUGCCAGAGACCUAGGCCUGUUUCACAAAACUUGUCAUCAGUGUCAAAAGUGACAGUUUUUGUUAUAAGCUACUGAAAUCCUUGCUUCUGAUUGGUUGACAGCAGAUUUGUCACUGAUUUUUGUGAUUUGUCGUUAAAACAAGGCUUUGUGAAAGGGGUCCCAGAAAAACGUAUGGCAAAUGCACAUUGGAUGGGUUGCUUACAUGUAAAGACAAAGAUCUUACCCUUGCCCAUCAAGGGUUUUGUUGAUCACCUAUUCAGAGAGGCUAGAAACAUGAAGCUCGUACCGGAUAUGAAUUUGUUGGGCUGCUUGUAUGCAAGGACAAAGACCAUACCUCCUUCUACUUUUAUUAAUUGGAAUCGUGAUCAUUAGAUUAAAGAGAACUUCAAGAUUGUUUGUCUGGUGUACAUAUGAUAAACAGCCUAUAUUAUGUGAAGCAGUAUUAAAUUCAGGAAAUACCUCAAUGCAGGAGAUACAAGAGAAUACAGUUUAUUUGCUCUGAUUAGGCAAAAGCAUAAAACUGGCCUUGUGCAAAUUACAAAUCAUUUAAGUAACGUGCCUAAUCAUAUGGGAGAUAAUAUGACACAUAUGGAUAUACUUUUGGAAAUUAAAAUUCUGCCAAGUGCCUCACAAAA